AGCAUCCUCUUCAGGUUAGGAAUUCUUAUCGGUCUGCUUUGUUUUUGCUUGCAUUAUGUUAGCUGAAAAAGAUUGUAAAUUUGAAAGGAAACAGAAUUGGAAAACAGCAAACAAGUCUCAAUGAGUCUGAUUGUCCCCGUCUGGUGUGUGUACAUGUCCCAUCGAGGGUGAGAUCUGCACCAUGAACACAUCACACUGGACCCUGGCACUUAUAGUUAUAUGUCUCAUUCAGGGGUCUGUCUGCCAGUGGUCUGUCUGGGUCGAUGAUACCGUUCAGGCUUGGGAAGGGGAGUCUGUGAUAUUGAACUGUUCCUUUCAGUAUCCUGAUCCGAUCCGAGACCCUUCCACUGUAAUCGCCAGGUGGCUGAAGAACUCUCCCUUCCCCAAUAACCAUCAGGCUGCUGAAAUAUACAAUAGCAGGAACCUGGAAAUCGUCUCUCCUGACGUUCAGCUGAUCGGAGAUCUGAACGAGAGGAACUGCUCGCUCCAGAUCGAAAACAUCCACAAAGCGGACACCGGGAUUUACUACUUCCGAUUUGAACUGGGCCAGGGCAACAACUGGUCGGGAGAAAAUGGGAUCAAUGUCCAAGUAUACGGUCGCCCUUCAAAGCCGGAUAUACGUGUCCCAUCAGAAAUAAUUGAAGGAGACGAAAUGGUUUCUGUGACCUGUUCCACCACAAACAUUGACCAAAGAGGGAGAGCUACUCUGAGCUGGGAUGGUAUCUCUGAUCUAACGGAUUGGGUGCCCAGAACCGAAGAACAAUGGGCUGGAUACUCCUGGUCACUGACCAGUAAUUUUGCAUUCAUCCCAUCCUACCAGCACCACAACAGGGUCAUCAAAUGUAUGGUCAAUUACAUACCAUUUCCAUACUCAGAUGAAGCUGACUUAACAUUACAAAUAAGAUACCCUCCAAAAAACACAGUCCUCCUCGUGAAUGCAUCACAGGAAGAAAUAAAAGAAGGUGACUGUGUGACACUUGUAUGUGUCGGCAACAGCUUCCCUGAAGCUAACUAUACCUGGUACAAGAAAGACCAAUUCACAAACAGAACUGAGGUUCUAAGUACUGUGAGCAGCAAUAUAUUAUUCCAAAAAAUAUCAAGGAAGAACUCUGGAUUCUACAACUGCAUGGCCACAAAUUAUUUGGGAAGCAGUUUGUCUUCAGAAAUUGAAAUUGAUGUGCAAUAUAAGCCUGACAAGGUAACAAUCAGCCAGGAAGUUCUAUACAAGUGCAUUGCUGAGGCCAGUCCUCCUGCAGUCAUCACAUGGAAGAUCAGUGAUGAAAGUAUAAACCUCACUGAUCCCAGGGUCAGUAUAAAGUCAGAAUUCAAUGGCACACAUUCAGUUAGUACACUGAGGCUGGAAACAACAGCAAGCUUUUGUGUUUCGUGCCUAGCUCAGAAUAAACACGGAGUGUCGGUGACGGAGAGGUGCCCACCUGGUUCUUUCACCAAGACGUUGUUGCUGGCUGUUGGGGUCAUUGCCAGUGGAAUGGUUGUCAUCAUCAUUUUCGUCAUUGUUGCAUGGAGGAAAAAGAAGGAAGUGAUUGGAGGGCAAGAGUUGGAAAGUGAUUCCCAACCUGUGAUCUACACUGAAGUGCAGACACCAAAAAAGACACAGGCAACUCAAUCUGAGACCAGUGGCAGACGAGAAAACGAAUUUGCCUACGCCAACUUGCAGCAUGAAUCAAUUGGCCAGAGGCAAGCGAAAGCUCAGAGCGACAAAGUGGAGAUCUUGGGAGCUGUGUGAAAGAAUGCAGACAUAAUGCUGCAAUCAGUUCAUUAACAAGGAUGACAGGGAAUCGGCAAAACUGUAAAUGACACUGAAAAAAAUUAAGUGUGGUAUUUUUUACGGGUAAAGCAAUUUGGAAAUGAACCCUAACCAUAUUUUUGUGCAAUGGAAGUAAAAUAGUUACAGGCUGUUAAAUGUAUAAAGUAUCAAACCCCUUACGUGUUAUGUCCACUCCUGUAAUUUACUUCCUGUCAUACUUCGUCACACAUUCUUUCAACCCACUUUCUCCCAUUGUGCCUUUUUCUCCCAUCCCACCUUUCCCCUUGGUGCUUUCUCUGUCAUGUGCUGCAUGAAGACUCACUAUUCACUUAGCAUGCCAAAUUCUUCCUCCCAUUUUUAGUUGUAUAUAUUUGAAGCAAUACCUGCUCCAACUCACUGUGAGCAAAGCCACAAAGUAUAUCACAUGAAAGACACAAAUAUAUUUUAUUGUAAGCUGGAACAUUGAAAAUUCUCGGAGACCUAUUUAGAUUUCAACUGAUCUCCCCUGAUUUUGUAAAUUAUAAUUUCAAACAAAAAGCAUUAAAAUAUACAAAAUCUGUGUGACUAAAUAUUUCAGUGAGACAUACGUCUAAUGCAAGUAUAGCCUACAUGGAGAGAUAGUCUUCUGAAUGCAGGAAUACUAUGUGCAGUUUGACUCAUCUGGUUCCAGUUUUUGGUUACUUUGAGCAAGCAGGACAAAUAAUUUGUCCUAAUUCCCAGUUGUUUUCUCAAAGACACGGUGUUACUCGAUGAGAUUGUGCCAAAGUCGGUGAGGCCUGGUAGCAUCUUUACUCUUAUUCUAAUCAUGCCAUAUCUGAGUACAUGAUGCUAGCACUUGAGAGCAGGUGUUUCUGCAGCACCCAUUUUAAAGAAACAUGUAGCAGGAAAUCGAAGAGUAUAUGUGCAGAAAAGCAAAGGCACGGCUCCUCAACACACACACCAAUCAGGAACAUCUCCUCUCUCUGGAAAUUUUCCACAACAUCCACGCUUUGGAACUUACGUCUUUCCGAUUGCAUGUGCUCGUACCUACAUUUUCAAAAUGACAUAAAUAAGUUUCUUGUGUCAGCCAUCCCACCUCAAUCUGAUUGUUUGUUUUCCCCUGAUCUUUAACAUUGUGCGUGUUUUUUUUUCAACUAUCUCUGCCUGCCACUAAACUGAUUGGCUUCGUAUUCUGGUGUUGCCAAUGCUACCAGGGUGUUUCCAACAAGAUUUAAACACAGACCCUCAUCCUCCCUCCUCUGGUCGCUCACCAAGUCCACUUUCCCACGUAAACCAUGAUUCCGCCAGAUCCAUUCACUUUCCCACACAAACCAUGGGAAAGUGAAUGGAUCUGACAGAAUCAUUCGUGACUGUCAAUCAAACAGCCCCUUGUCCUACUGCUCAAUAUUCAUUUUGUGGCCACGUGCACUCUCCUCAUUUACUCAUAGCAGUGUCCCAGAGAUUAAUCUUUGUUCCUGGAGAAGUCAGGACAGUGCAGGAGGGUUGGCAACUGUAGUGUGGUGCUCUACCUUUAUUGCUUUCUACCCAUCUUAGUCUAUUCACCGAAGUACUUUCUGUCUAUUUCUACUUCCUGGUAUAUCUGGUUAUUUUUCUAUAUAUGCCUGUGUGUUUAUCUCUCUCCAUUUCUGUCACUUUCCCCAAUCUAUCUCUGUCCCUAUUUGUGGUCGUCUUACUUUCCCUUUACAUCACACAAUCUUUACAUGUAGACGUAUAUCCAUGUCUCUACUACUAUCAGUCUUUGCCCCUAUCUAUCUUGCUACCUCAGUCUUUCUUUCCUUCUGUAUAUCAUUUCCUGUAUCUCAUUGUUACAGCCUCUGAUUUUCUCUGUUCCUGUUAACAUUUUUAAUUAAGAGAUUAGUGUAACAUUCUAUAGGAGAACUCAUAUUAAACUAAACUCAACAUCCAUUUAAAUAAUUUCAAUUAAAAGAAAUUCUGCCACAACAAAAGUAGGGAUAAGCCUAGAAUUUUCAAAAGAAAAACUAACCAGGAAAAUACAGAAACCUAAAUCAGCAGAUAAUGUUUCAAUAAUGAAUUAGCAUUUUAUCAACUCAAUAUUAAUUACCUUAAGUUAUUUUGUCUUACACUUGUUUAGAUAUGAAAACUGAUUUGAGUUGUUCAAAGUGUUCAGAGUCUCCAGGCACUGAAUCUCAGGAAUGAAACAUACCACCACUUCUGUGAAAAAGACGAGCAUUUCACAAAAAAAUGCUGUUUUAAAUAUUCUGAAUUUGAAUAAUUUCAAAAUGCUGGGAAUGAUGGUCUGGACUACAGAAAGGAAGUGGCUCAUCCCUUCAGCUAUACCUGGCUAGAGUGUGAUACAAUGAAAUAUAGGACAUCUGUGUUUCCAUGGCUGUGUUAAGCUGUACAAUACGAAGCACAGUCAUUUUAACUUUAGGGAGGGUGAGAUUGAGUUAACCCUCUCAAGAGGAAACAAUUGGAUAGAGAUCAUAAUGGGCAGCAAUUCAAUAUCACUGUCUCCCAUUGUUGCAACUAUCACUUUUCUUUCUCUCACAAGCAGCCAUUGAUUUAUUGGGAGUUGGACCCUGGGGAUGUUUGGUAUGUUACAGUGUCCUUUUUUUAAAAAAUAUAUAUAUUUAGUGAAAAUACCUUUAUGGGUGUACAGCGAUGGGCUUUGUCUAUGAAUUUCAUUGUGUCCAUCAAAAA